GUGUAUUUGUCAGCCAGUGGGAAGAAAACAAAAACAAAACCGCGUGCUACAAUAGUGAUUGAAGAUUUUCCUCCAGAUAUGAGUGCCGGGCAGUUUGAAGAUGCGUUGGACGAUGUAACCAUCUCUUUAAAUAUUAUUGAUCUUAAGCGGAUAGAUACAGCUAAUGAAGAAAGUGAAGAUGACAUACAACCGAUUCAAUCGGCAGAAAUGGCUAUUGCUGAUGCCAUAUUCACCACUUCCCGACAAUAUGAAGAAAUCCAGGACCAGGAUGAUGAAGAUGAUUACAGUGACAGUAAUGAUGAACUUUACUGUUUAGAUGUAGAUAAUGUGCGCAAAAAUCAGUAUGCAAAUGUCGUGAAACAGUCGCAUACUAAUGCCCAGAAUUCCAGUCAGAAGAUAUCAAAUUUUCAACCUGCUGAUGCGCUGUUUAAAAAGUAUACACAUAAAAUAAAUGUAGAGAAAUAUGAAGGACCAACAGCACUUCCAAAUCAUGCCAAGAAUACAUUGAUUGAAACCCAACGAAAGGCCGACAGUGAUCGGUUACGAAGCAAAGAUAAACAAGAUCGAGCGACUGCGGAGCAAGUUAUGGAUCCAAGAACUAGAAUGAUUCUGUUCAAGCUACUGAACCGUGACAUGAUUUGUGAGAUAAACGGUUGUAUUUCCACUGGCAAAGAAGCCAAUGUUUACCAUGCUACUGCUAAGACCGGAAUGGAUUAUGCCAUUAAAAUAUUCAAAACAUCAAUUCUGAUUUUCAAAGACCGAGAUAAGUACGUGACUGGCGAGUUCCGAUUCCGCCAUGGUUACAGUAAACAUAAUCCGAGAAAAAUGGUGAGAACGUGGGCGGAAAAGGAAAUGCGAAAUUUGGUUCGAAUGAAGAAAUGUAACCUUCCCGUACCGGAGCCCAUACUGCUCCGUAGCCAUGUGCUCGUGAUGGAGUUUAUUGGGAAAGAAGGCUGGCCUGCCCCUAAGCUCAAAGAUGUGGAACUGAGCAGCUCCAAGGCAUGCGAAUUAUAUCGUGACUCCGUUGAAAUGAUGUGGACCAUGUACAACAAGUGUAAAUUAGUACACGCUGAUUUGUCCGAGUUCAAUCUGCUCUAUCACGAGGGAAAAAUCGUUAUCAUCGACGUGUCUCAAUCGGUUGAGCAUGAGCAUCCUCACGCGUUGGAAUUUUUACGGAAAGAUUGCACCAACAUAACAGAUUUCUUCCGCAAAAAAGAUGUCUCCGUGAUGACGGUCAAAGAACUGUUCGACUUCAUUACGGAUCCGACCAUAAAUGAGACUAACAUAGAGGAUUGCUUGGAAAAAAUGUCCGAAAAAAUCGCACAUCGAAGCUUCGACGAAUUCACGGAGCAACAAAAGCUGGAGGAGGCUGUGUUUAAGCAAAUCUUCAUUCCUAAAACCCUGCACGAUGUCAAUGAAGUUGAGCGGGAUAUUUUCGAGAAAAAGAACAAAGACGACUUGGUGUAUAAAACAAUCACUGGUCUGGACUCUAAUUUGCGGGUAGCAGAUGAGCCUGAAAUUCUGCAGAGUAAGGAACCCAGCGGCAAGGCAGACGCAGAUCGGAAAGAUAACUAUCCCGACGGAGGAUCAUUGUCAGAGGAAACUGACAGUGACAGUUCUGACGACGAAAAGGACGACGGAAAAAGCGGAAAUAUGUCGGUCCCACGCAGCAAGAACGAAACCGCUGAAGAGCGGAAGGCUCGCAAAAAGAUGGUAAAGGAUGAGAAGGCUGAGAAACGUAAAUCAAAGGUGAAAAAACACGUUAAAAAACGAAAAGAGAAAUUGGGGAGUAAAAAAUGAUGUGAGUUGUUUUUAAAAAGAUUUUUAUUGUCAAAUAAAAUGCUCUUUUGUUCUCUGUAUAAGUACAUAGCAAUUGAUCAACACAUAUAUGUUACUUCUGA